CCGCGUCUUCGUCAGUCAAAUUGCGAUCGUCUCCGCGUGAUGGGCCGCUGUUGAGGGUUGAGCGCCGCGAGUUUCUACCGGCACAUAGUAGCUAGCACGCUUCAUGGUGAAGACGAAUUAUUUGCUCGGCGACAGUGUUGGGGAACACUGGCGAGCUCCGGCCAACUAGUGUAUUUAGCACGUACCAAUAUUCCGUGGAACCACACCGGUUCGUCGACGAGAAUAAACGCGGAGCGAAGAACCGUCUUCCGGAUCCCCGGCGACACUUGUCAGCUCGCUGUUCCGGAUAUCGGCUUUCAACUGGCUGAACUUCUCGCUCUUUCCUGUCGGCGCACCUAAACAAGGCGUGAAACAGACCCAAGAAAAGCUGAGAUUUUUUUAAACGACCAUAGUGAGACCAGUCAGCAGGAUGAAGAGCUUGACCUUCUUGCUGUUGUUCCUGGUCACAGUGACCGUGUGUCACGAGCCGUUCCAAGUAAUCUUCCAGUGGAAUACAAUCGAUGUUGUCUGGCAAUCAGAAGAUGACAAGGAAUUUGCAUUAAACCACGGCGAAUAUGUGCCCGCUAAUAACUUCAUCUCCGGUAUCAAGUUCUGGAAGGGUAAGAUGUACCUGACCAUGCCUCGCUGGAAGGAUGGUGUGCCGGUCGCACUCGGAGUUACAUCCGCCACCCCGGUGAACAAGGUUACGGCACCAGCCCUGGAAGCGUUCCCGAGCUGGGAGAUGCAGAAGCUCGGCGACUGUAGUGCCUUCCAGUACGUGCAGAGCAUGGAGAUCGAUCCGAUCGGUCGUAUGUGGGUGAUCGACACGGGAAGAGUAUCUCCUAUGGCGGUAGAGACGAAGAGCGCCUGUCCUCCUCGUCUCGUGAUCCUCGACCUGGAGAACAAAGGUGAGAUCUUAAGAACCUACGAGUUUCCCCAGCACGUGGCACGCCCGGCAACCGCGUUCUUGAACGACAUAGUGGUCGACCACGAAGACGGCGGCAUGGCAUACAUCUCGGACAGUGAUCGCGACGAUCCGGGCAUUAUCUUAUACUCGCUCCAGAACAACACAUCUUGGAAGAUCAGACACGACUCGAUGAAGGCCAAGCCCGAAGCGGUGCGAUUCAUGGUUGCUAAGGUGCUGAUCAACUUGCCGUUCCCAGUGGACGGGAUCGCGUUGUCCCCUGCCAGCGUACAGGACAGACAGCUGUACUACUCGCCGUUGUCCUCUUUCCACAUAUACUCGAUACCAACGUCUGUGCUAAAGACCAAUAUGAGCAACAUCGAUGAUUACGUAAAGGAGUUAGGAAGGAAGAACUCGCAGUCCGACGGGAUGAUGAUGUCCGCCACCGGAGUGUUGUACUUUGGAUUGUUGGCCGACGAUGCAGUGGCCAUGUGGGACACCAAGAUGUCCAGCAGCUUUAACAUCGCGCAGAGGGUCAUCUCCAGAGACCACGAGCGGAUGCAGUGGCCCGACAGCUUCGCGUUCGACGACUCUGGCAGCUUCUAUUGCGUGACCAACGGCUUGCAGAACAUCCUCAACAACCGCGUGAACGUCUCCGUACCAAACUACAGGGUCGUUCGGUCGAAGAUCGGGCUGAAGAGCUACCAAUAUCUAGAGAAUGGCACCGCGCCACUGCAACCGGAUAUACUCACUUCGACCGCUAACAGGAUUAGCCUCGGCCUGGCAGUAGGAUUAGCCGUUCUGUUAGCUGUCGCCGUUCAGUAACGUCUCUCUUCCUAUUGUCGUUUCUCCUCUUUUCUAGACAGUAGACUGUAUCACAACGCACGGGUAUACCAAAGACGUUCGACCCAUCUUUCCAGUCAGAUAACGCGCCGACAAAAGCCUAUCCAGUGUUCCUCCGGUGACUCUGAACAUCCAGUGCGACCCUCGAUCCACCGAUUCACGCGCGUGAAGUUAUGGUUGUAUGUACAAAGAUUCAACGCCGGUUGGUUUCACAGCCGCACAGCCAAGCGUGACUCGGCCGCGUGUAACUGUAAUGUGGGGCGUUUUCAAAUUAUACAGUGGAUCAAACGAGCUCCUUUUGUGGUGGUACACACCUUAUUAUAGGCGGAAGUAUUGUAGCGAUUUGGAAACGUUGAUGCACACGUUGUAAGAGAAGCUGCAAAGAAUCCGUUUCAGAAUUCUACCGGGUAAAUUUUCCCAUACGUCCAGCGAUUUCUGUAUAUUUAGGUUUUGCCCUCCAUCGACUACCUGUACAACAGAAUAUUAUUAACGUUUCCGGAGCGGCACAUCAUUUCCGUGUACAUAUAGCAAAGUAUUAAAGAAUAUCAGUUCGUUCCAAAAAAGUUGCUAGUACUUCUUAGAUUCGUUCUUAAUGACGGCUUCGUUCCAUCGAAGCCUCGAUUAGAUCUUCGUCCUCAUCGACGGCUUGUGUGCGAGGUCGUUUCUUUAACCUGUGGUUUGGGAACACCUGUGCCCGCAAUUUCACGGUUUGUAGGAUUUUCCAGCUUUCCAUCUGCUUGUUCGUCGGGCUAGGAUAUAUUUAAUUCGAUAUUUAUAGGUACACAGGUGUGUCGCAUUUCGUAUGUAUACCCGUGUACCAGUGCGACCAGCGCGUGUACAUGCAUCGGAAGCUCUAGUCUAGAGUACGUCUUCGCGACAGUGUAACUGUGCAGACAAGACUACUUGUUACCAUAAUCUCGCGAAACCGAGAGUGUAAUUAGAUUGCACGCUGGUCUAGAGAUACCCAUCGUGAACGAUGAAUUUAAUGGAACAACAGAAACGCCCAGGAUCUCUCGAGACUCUACCAGGAAACCCGUCUCUCUAUGUCAUCUGAUUGCCAUCCAAGAUUCCCGGGCGAAAUUGAUCUCGAAGAGUUCAUCGGUACAAUUACCACUGACGGUCUUUAUCACAGGGAACAGUAGCGUAUCUUCUUCUGCUGCAGCCACGAAUCCGCCUUCGUCUGAAACGGAAGAACAUUUUAGUUUAUUACUCAAAUAAGUAAUUGACACGUUCACAUCCUGUAUAUCUACGUUCCGGAAGAGAAAUACAGAAAAGCUUCCAAAUUAUUCAGAAACUCCUAAACUAAACAAGUUUUUCAGUUAAAAUAUCAUUAAUUAAAUUAAUUUAAUUUUCUAGAAUAUUUUUUGAGACUAUGUUUCGGAUCUCUGAACGUGUAAAGCUCUUUUCCAAAAAUACCGAGCAAUACCAAAGAGUUGAUUCAAUUGGUUUCACAAUUGCGUGUUCCGCAAAAAAACCCGUCCGCGUUUCCACAAAGUUUCCUCAACUUUUGGAUGUAUCGAAAGGAAAUCGGUCUGUACAAACUUUCAAAGAGGCCACUGGAAGGUAACAGCCUCCCCUCCUGUGAAGAAGAAGAAUUAAUUCGACAAUUCCCAGGGUCCGCGCGAAACGAAUACUUUCAUUCCACUAUGUAUUAAUAAUAAAUCUAUCAGUAUUCCAGCCGAAUCUCCAUUUAAUCAGGCGACCGAAUUCAAUUGGCACGCGUGCCGCAGAAACAAUCACGCUCUCGUACCGGGCGAAACUUUCGCCGCGACACCGACGCAUUCGCGCUUAAUUGACCCCGAAUUAACAUCGCCAAUGGGCACUAUUAAAUCUUCUGGCCAACGUUAAGCGACGAUUCGACAGCAGUUGGACAAGAUAAUGGAAACAAAGUGGAUAGAAUCAGCAAGUUUUACAAAAGCGGAAACACAUAGGUAGUAUUCCUAUUAAUUUGUCCAACCUUUAUAAUAUAGUUCGAUCGCGCCCAAUUCAAAGAGAAAUUAAGAAAAAGCUGCGGGUAGAGGGGAGAAUGAAUAGCGAACGGACCGUUUGUCGUUGCGACGAAAGUAGUUGUUGUCGAGGUCCCUCCCGGAAAAGAAACAGCAUUGUCGAGAAUUCAAGAGGGUCAUAGUUCGAUCGAAUGGGAACGACCACGCGACCAACCAUAACGGGGGCGAUAAUAAACGGCAACGUAACGAAUCAGCUCGGAAAAUUAAUCCUCUGUAACCAGUCAUGAGGGCUCGCAUUCCAUUUUUCCAACUAUGGACUCUCUUUCAUAUUGAAAGACAUCGCUCUAGAUAUAUGUAGAGUUCAGAGAUUCCUUCACAGGUUAUGGCGGAUGAUUAUCUUCAGUGGAAUAAGUCGUUCAUUGUCAGACUGCAGAAGUUUACUAGUCUCUUCGUAAAGCAUUCGCAUCAGUACAAAUGUGUUUCACUGAUCGGUGGUUUUUGCCUCUUAUUUUUAAAGUUCUGCUGUGUCUAAUUGUUGUAUUUUAAUAUCGUCCCGCGGUCGAGUGUGUUUCUUUAAUUGGGCGCGAAUUGCCAACGAUUCGUUCUUGAUUCGCCUUGUAGAGACGGAAGAAUGUUCGGCGAUCAAUGGAAUACCUUAUUCUCAUAAGGCUCUCGCUACUCCGACCUGUGAACACGGAUGUAUGAGUGCACGUAUAAUUAGUGUCUACGCUGCAUAUAACGCGUACGAAUAACUUUAAUGUAUAUGGCCUUAUUUGCGACGAUGAAUUGAAACCGUAUACCGGGAGAACGGUCGGAAAAUGCGAGUUAUGAAUCAUUUGUUUAGGCCGGUUCGGGGAACGCAACUUACCGCCAUUUCACGGCGUUUGUUUGUUGCAAUUAUGUAUUGUGUGUUCCCUUUCUCAGCGAAUCGACCCAGAAUGCUCGCAUGGCUAACCGAUUCAAUGAUAUCUACCUCUCCUCCUUUUCACUGUAAAAAAGGGAAACCCUUCGUCUUCGCGCUACCUCCGCGGACCCAGAAAAUACGAAAACGUGAAUACCGUAGAUUCAGAAAGUGAAAGUAGCUUGCACUAUUCACCUGCGACAGCUUCUCCUCUUGGGAGGCACUGCAACUUGCAUAUCAAUCCGAUUAUUUUACCUGGGACUUGACCAUGGAUCCGCCGAGAUUACAGCGACCGUGCAUUUUAUUAAUCGAAGGAAAAACGUGGAACGUCCAUUAUCGGCGCCGGCAUCUCUAUAGCUUCGGCGCGGCGUCAUUCGGAAAAGGGAAACUCGAAAGACGAGGCGGGGAGGGCGAUCUCGCUUUCAGCCUCUUCCCACAAUUGUCUCCUCUUUCAGCCACGCAGCGUCCCAGUUUUGCGGCGGAGUGAGGUGCACGCACAUUAUUACGCGGCGCAAAACGGAGUCGGGGCCUAGCCCUGAACCGCGAGUCAACGAACGGCCAGGGAGAGGCUCGGAGGAUUACAAAACUUCGCUGAGAAAACAGCGUGCACCUGAGAUCCGAUCGGCGCACGUCGAAUCUGGGACCGAACCGCGCUUCGGGAAGCGAUACUUGGAUUAUCUGCGGAAUAGUCGCGCGGGAACGGACCUCUAGAACGCGAAUUCAGAGAAAGACGUCAAGAAUGCAAGCCUGAACUGGCUACAAUAGUUUCACACUUCCGCUGAAAUUUUCUCAGUAAUCAUCGGCGAACAAUUCAAUCUUAAACGCUACUCCCGAUUCCCUGUGGCGUAUAGUUUCCCAACAGUUUUUGGCUCUCAGUCUUCUUUCAAAACUUUUCAUUGGUUCUAAGGAACCCACAAAUUUCUCAGCGUUCACGUUGAGAAACUAUACUGCUUCGUAUAUUGCGAGGUUCUAGCUGAGGAGCGAGAGAAUAUUUUCCUCGGCGUGCAGGUUUUGUUUAGAAAGAAGAAAUGAUUUUAUAGUCACACCUGACCAAUGACUCACGAGAUAUCAAGAUAUUUCAAUAUCACGAGACAUUGAUGAUGACUCACUCACAGAUAGCAUAAAAAAUACUGAAGCAUAGCCUUCGCGAAGAGACGCCGCCGGUCAAUCGCAUCUGCAACAAAUGAUGUCAGCCGAUUAUGAAAAGAAUAUUAAGCGCGUUUGACUCACAGGCGGAGUUCGGUGUCAAUGUUCGUUCGAGGCGGUUUCUAUUUACUCGUCGGAUGAUUAAGCGCUAACCAAACGUCCAAGGAGACUGCUCGAUCGGCAGAUUCGACUGUAGUCGCUCUUUCUGACUAGAAUUGAAUCGGUGCAACCAUACCGAGACGGUUGACGAAUCAAUAAACUCUAGAUUAAUGCGAAGAGAGCCCGGAAUAGAAAGAGAAAAGGGUGGUGGCAUUAAUCCGGGGUUGCCUGAACCGAGACUUACUGUACAUUGUGGUUCUUUUUCUAUGGAUAAUGAUUCUUAAUCUCUUAACCGAGCACGGCCAGUUAUUUCAUCAUUAAUAUUCUUUUGACCGCUGAUCGUAUUCAACAGACAUACUUGUCUACUUCUUUUUGAGACUUCAAUGAAAGAUCGCUCAGUUAGCAGAUUAAUUGGUGUCAGUAAAUUCUAAUCAAAAGCAGCACUGAUUGCUGAUCGACGAUGGAAACGGGUGCCGACGGUGCACGACAGAGUGUUCUGCCGUUUAUUAGGUUUGUAAGAGCGUUUUUUUUGUGCAGGAGUGGUUUUCGUUGAUUCUGUCGAAAAUUUUGGUUAGGUGAGUCCUGCCGCAGCUGAUCUUCGGACUGGAUUGCUUCGUGUGUGACUUUGUCCUGUUUAUUUUACGAGCAACGUAAAUGAUUGAUGUAAUGAUUCCAUUCUAAUGGUGAUACAACUGGUGUUCGACAUACGGAGCGAUAGUAAGCAUAUGUACGCUAAUUACAUGCUCGUUCUAUGUCAAUUUACAUAACAAUAUCUGUAAAGCUAUAUACACCGGGAAGAUUAAUAUAUUUUCUUUAGUUAUAUAUAUAUUGUAUAUCGCGAGGUGUCGCGUAAUAAAGUGGCAUGAUGCAGUAAACGAUCAUUUUACCAGGAAGAAUUAUAGUUUACCUAGGGAAUCGUUUCAUUAACGUUUGACUUUUAAAUUGUACUUGACUUUUUUAAUGUAAUUAUUUUAUUACAAUACUACCAUUUUUUAUAAGACACCUGUGUAUUGCGUAGAUUAGAAAUACACCUAUAGGAUUCAGGCCGGAUAUAUCGACAUUCGUGUCGUUGAUGAUCUAUUACUUCGUGUAUUAGAGAGUAACAUAGCUAUUACAUAGUAUUUCUGUAAAUCAUGUCUUAUUAAUAAAAAGAUAGAUGUUUGCA